CUGCCAUACCCAUACCCGCCUCCGUCAAUAUCACAGAGAUAAAACAUCUACUUUUGUAAGAAAAUAGUUGACAGAAUAAACCCCCCAAAAAAACAACAAGGAAAAUACAUAUUCCGUUUCACUUUCACCCAAGAAAGAGAUAUUGAUGGGUCGGCGUCAGAGAUAAAGCGAAAGACAAAUUUCAUCAAUUUGAUGAUCAGUGAGAGCCUCACCGCGCCAAUAACUAAACCCUAUCUCUGUCUCCCUCUUCCUUCUCUCGCACACGCACGAACACUCGCAAAGUCCGUGUGAACUUCGUUGAUUUUCCGACGCGACCACCGCCGGAAUCCCCGCCGGGAUGUCAAACACGGAAGACCCGAACCGCCCCGUCACGGGCUACCCUGCCCCGCCCAACGCCCAAACCAACGGCUACCCACCUCAUCCGGCUACGGGCCCCGCCGCCUACCCCUACGCCGCCGGCCCGCCGCCGUCAAACCCCUAUUACAACUACCCGAGCAACCCUUACUACCCUCAGGGCUACCAGUACGACCCGGAGUCCGCCCAACGCGCCACCUGCCUCCGCCGCAUCUUCGCCUUCGUGAUCGGCCUCGUCGUCAUCCUGGGCACCAUCACCUUCAUCGUCUGGCUCGUCCUCCGCCCCCAGCUCCCCGAGUUCCGAGUCGACUCGUUCUCGAUCUCCAAUUUCACACUCGGCAACAACUCGCUGGUCUCCUUCACCUCCGAGAUCCGCCUUACCGCGCGGAACCCUAACAAGAAGAUGAGGCUCGCGUACGACCACAUCGUGGCCGAGAUCUUCUACAAGUCGGAGUCUCUGUCGGAGACGACGGUCCCGCCGUUCUGGCAGGACACGAGGAACGAGACCUCCUUGACUGCCAAUUUCGCGGCGGCGGGGAGCUUCGUGGAGCGGCCGGUGGCGGACGAGAUGAACAGCGACAGAUCUAGGAGUGGGAACGUGAAUUUCAAUCUGAGGAUGCUUUCUAGGGUUAAGUUCGAGGCCAAGGCUUGGAGAACCAGGAGAAGGUUUCUGAAAGUGUUCUGUGGAGAUUUGAUUGUGGGGAUUCCGAGCAAUGGGAGGCCGGGGGUUUUGAUCGGCCGCCCACAACAGUGCCGUGUAGGGAUUUGAGGAAUCUGAUUUGCUUGGAUUGAUCUACUUGGUGUACAGUUAAAACUCUCUCUGCUGUUCAUUUUUUCCAAUCUUGUGGUUAAUCGUAUUUCCUAUUCUAAAUGUUGGGUCUUUCCGAUUGUAAUGUUUGUGAGAUUGUCUUGUUCUUAUUGAUAUUGUUUAGUUCUUAGUUUUGAGAUUGUUUAGUUCUUAGUUCUGAGAUUGUUUAGUUCUUAGUUCUUAAUUUUGAUCAUUGAUGCCUGAGCUGGUGAAACUUGAAAACCGUUUGAAAUGCUGCCGAUAGCAGCAAAGCUUGAAUAAUGGACCGAUUAGUGUUGAACUAAUAAACAGAAGGAACCUCGAAAGUGAUGUACUCUUUGUAUAGUUUACUGUUCAUUUUUUAUUUUUGGUUAUUGUAUUUUCCCUGAAUUAUUUUGCUGUAUGAGUAACUAUUUAUAGGUCAGUGGUUGCCAAUGGCAAAAUGGUGGUGGCACGUUAUAUUUGAAACUAUAUGAUUGAAUUACUUAGAA